CGGGCUGGCAUGGAUGCACUGAUUACGAUGCUAACUCAAGCCAAAGAAGUAAUACCGUUCGUGAAUUUGUGGUAAGACUACGUAUAUGGUUCAGUAUGAUUCAGUCUCGAUGAUAGCCAGUCCAGCUAGGCAGGUUCUAUUUAAGCAGCAAGAAGUUCUGCAAAGGGCAGCAAAAAUCGGCAGUUGUAUACUUUUUUCCAGGAGGAUAAGAAUGCGCAUCUCCUCGACGAGACUGGCCACGAAUCCAAAAGUCUCAGUGUCGCCCCUGCUUUCAUCCCUAAUCCUGCAAAGCCCCUACGCCCAGCAGCCCCAGUCCCGUUUCAGGGGCAGAUUUUUGCACGCCAUGGCUUCCGACUCACCCCAACUCGGAGUUACGAAUGGAAAACCGACGUACCAGCCGAGAUAUAUUGAUAUUGGAAUCAACUUGGCAGACCCCAUCUUCCGUGGUCGAUACGGCGGCAAACAACGCCACCCGGACGACCUAGCCGCCGUCGUCCAGCGCGCCAAGGAUGUCGGGUGCACCAAGCUCAUAGUCACGGGCUCGAGCUUCAAGAGCUCCAGGGAUGCCCUGAAGCUUUCCCAGGAGUUUCCCGGCACCGUCUACUCCACGGCGGGCGUCCACCCGUGCAGCAGCGCCAUCUUUGGCGCUACCCACCCCCACCACCACGAGGCCGAGGACGAUGAGCACACGGCGGCGUGUGAUCCGGACCCGGAGAAGCCCGUGCCCGCGGACGACGAGGGGACCCCCGACCUGCAAAAGACGGAGCAGAUCGUCGCCGACCUCGACGCCCUGGUCCGCUCGGCCGGCCCGGGACUGGUCGCCUUUGGCGAGUUCGGCCUCGACUAUGACAGGCUGCACUACUGCCCCAAGAAGCUGCAGCUGCAUUCCUUUUCGCACCAGCUCGACCUGGUUGUUGCCCUGCAAAAGGAGAAGCUCGAGUUUCCUCUGUUCCUGCACUCACGGGCCGCGCAUGCCGAUUUCGUCUCCCUGCUCAAGGAGAAGUUUGGGAACAAUCUCUCGGGUCUCGCGCGCGGCGGUGUGGUACACAGCUUCACCGGUACGGCGGAGGAGGCGCGGGAGCUGAUGGACUUGGGUUUGUACAUUGGUAUCAACGGAUGCAGCUUUAAGACGGCGGAGAACUGCGACGUGGUUCGUGAGAUUAGGCUGGAUAGGAUUAUGAUCGAGACCGACGGGCCGUGGUGUGAGGUUAGACCCAGUCAUGAGGGCUGGAAGUACCUCGUAGAGGAUGCAAAACGAAAAGCAGCAGACGAGGAGCAGGUCGCCGCCGCCGCGGCUGCUGCAACGGUAGAUGGGAACUCCCAACCCCCCGCGACGGAUGCACCUACGGAGCCAGCAAACGGCGACGUCAAGACAACGAGACAAAAGAGGCCGAAGCAACAGCAGCAACCUAGCAAAAAGGGACAGAAGAAGGCAUCCGAGGUACCUGAACGUUUCAAGUCAGUCAAGAAAGAGAAAUGGGAGGAGGGCUGCAUGGUAAAGAGCCGCAACGAGCCAUGUACCAUUGAGAGGAUAGCAGCGAUCGUGGCAGGGAUCAAGGGCGUAUCGGUUGAGGAGGUUGCCGAAGCUGCCUGGGCCAACACAACCAAGGUGUUUCAAGUAGAUGCAUAGACAUAGAAAUAUAUUCAGAGCCAUCAUGCGUACGGGUAUCCAUAAUCAAAAGCCCCAAAAGAGAAGCCCCAACUCCUUGCUGUCAUGAUAAACAAAAUCGUCAAAAUCAAUAGAAAGUCUCGGGCCGUUAUACACCUGACCCCUUGUGC